UUAACCACCUCAUCUUUGCUGCAGAAGGCACAUAUUGUAAAAUAAUGAAUGUUCCCCCUUCCUUCUCCUUUCCUUAGCUUUUAUACCUGAGCUGGCAUCAUAUGAUAUAAAAUAUCUCUUUGGUUAAUUUGGGUCAGCUCUCCGAGCUGUGCCCCCUCCCAAGAUCUUGUCCACCCCCAACCUCCUGACAGGGGGUGGGAGGUCAGAGAGACAGCACUGAUGCUGUGCCAGUACUGCUCAGCAGUAUCCAAAAUCUUGGUGUGCUAUCACCACCUUUCUGGCUUCCAAUGCAGAGCCCAGCACCGUGAGGGCUUCUAUGGGAAAGUGAACUCCAGCUCAGACCUGGUACAAGGGGUGACCUGACAAAGAGGCAUUGGCACUGUCCCCUCCCUGGGAGGCUGCACGGUGAGACUGGAGGCCCUGGCACCUCAACCACAUCUGCUUUGUCUGCUGUCUUUUCUCCUGGGUGUCGCUGAUGACAUGGGCUGGGCUUGAAGGUCAUGGGAGGCAUUUGCCAAAGAACAACCAAGAGGAAAACCAUGGCCUGGCUUUCUUCUCUUUCUUCUCUUUCUUUUCUUUCUUCUCUUUCUUCUCUUUCUCCUCUUUCUUCCUUUUCUUAUCUUUCUUCUCUUUCUCCUCUUUCUUCCUUUUCUUAUCUUUCUUUUUCUCUUCUUUCUUCUUUCUUCUCUUCCACUCCCUUACUAUUAAUUUCUCUUGGAUUUUAGUUCUGUUUGACAUUUCCCCUGGAAACUGAUUUAUUUCCCAAGCAUCUCAGACUUGGUUCAGCAUGAGGGGUCCUGAACAAAUCCCACCAGGAGCUUUCACCCUGCAUGACUUUUUCACAGCUGUGUAUCUUUCCCAGGGAGUCAAACUUCUUCUCUGUAUGUUUUAAUUAUAAGUUCCUUGCAUUGUAAUUUCAACAUAUCACCCUCUCUGACAGAUAUGCCAUCAGCUUGAUUUACACUAGUGCAUCUGUCCUUACAGGGAGGAGGAAAUGAGAAAGUAAUGGUCAUAUUUCAAAACCACCUACAGUGCAGGUGGCAUAAAAUCUUAUCUGACAAUUAUAUCUGAAGGUAGAAACUUAAAUGAAACCACUUUAGUAUUUAGCAAUUGACCUAUUUCAGAUUAUACAGCAAGCAGUUUAGCCUAAGGAGGUAGGCAGGCUGCAGUAUUUCACUUUCUGGACCCCACACUGUUCAACACUACCACAGCAUAAUUGAAAACUUUGUCUGAAAAAGAAAGAAAAAAAAAAAGAAAAAAAAAAAAAAAAAAAAAAGAAAAGCAAACACUACCACAAAAAAUCCUCACCAAACCCCCCCAGGAAAAUGUCUAUUUCUUUAAUGCAGACUACUGCAUUGUUGUAAGGGCCCCAAAAGCAUGAAUAAGUCUUUAUUCCCUGCCCAUUUCCAUAUCCAUGGGCCCAGAACCCUCUUUUUGGCUCAGCUCAGGGCCCACAGUCCCUGCCUGGGCUGUGCUAAAGCCCCCAUGGCCACAGUCCCAUCCCUAGGGGGGCCAUGCUGCUCAUGUCAUCCUGCAAGUCUUCUUUUGCCUUUUUCUAUCAGCACAUGCUCCUGUACAAAUAUUUAACAUGAAAUAGCUACGAAAUAGUAUUGACACAGGUAUGAUAUGACAUGAUGAAGCAACACAGAAGAACACAAACUGCGAGUGGUGCAAUGGGCCCUGGGAGAAAUCUUUGUAUCUGUAGGGUUUGACCAAAGAAAAAAUUCAGGGUCAGCCUCAGGCUGGCCCAGCCCUGGCUGGAAAAACCAAAACCAGGACCGUGGUUCUUGGUUUUCCCUCAUUUGCACAGCUCACUCUCUGCUUCCUAAACCUUCCUCACUCAUAACUUUAUUUGUGGGUUAAGAGAAGUCUUCAUGAAAACAGAAGAUGCUGCUUAAUGGGAGGAAUUUCAUCAGCAUUGCAAAACUUGCAGGGACCAGCAAGCAGCUGCUGCGACAGUUUUGUACAGCCAAUUGGGAAAUUUCUGCAGUUAACAGAGGUGAUGGAAAAGCAAGUUUGGAAAACAAUUUCAGGUAUGGGACAUCAGCUCAAAUGAAUGUUCAUCUGAAAGGUCGGGACCUCCUUACUCUACAGAACUACACAGCUGAUGAACUGAAGUAUUUGCUGUGGAUGGCAUCAGAUUUGAAACAAAGGAUAAAGCACAAAGGAGAGUAUUUGCCUUUGAUGCAAGGCAAAUCUUUGGCCAUGAUUUUUGAGAAGAGAAGCACAAGAACAAGAUUAUCUGCAGAAACAGGAUUUGCACUCCUUGGAGGACAUCCUUCCUUCCUUACAACUCAAGAUAUACAUCUGGGCACUAAUGAGAGUCUCACAGAUACAACAAGGGUGCUGUCCAGCAUGACAAAUGCAAUCUUGGCUCGAGUUUAUGACCAUAAUGAUCUAGACCUAAUGGCAAAAGAAGCCACGAUCCCAAUAAUCAAUGGAUUGUCCGAUUUAUACCAUCCUCUUCAGAUUUUAGCUGAUUACCUAACUCUGCAGGAGCACUUUGGAGGGCUGAAGGGGCUCACCGUGGCCUGGAUCGGGGAUGGCAACAACGUCCUGCACUCCUUCAUGACGAGUGCUGCAAAGCUGGGAAUGCACCUGCGGAUCGCCACUCCCAGGGGCUUUGAACCAGACCUCAGGAUAACUAAAAUAACUGAACAGAACUCCAAAGAGUAUGGUACCAAGUUACUCCUCACAACAGACCCUUUGGAAGCAGCAGACAGUGCCAAUGUCUUAGUUACCGACACAUGGAUAAGCAUGGGACAAGAGGAGGAGAAGGAAGAAAGACUAAAGGCCUUCCAAGGUUAUCAGAUUACAAUGCAGACUGCAAAAUCUGCUGCUUCCAACUGGACUUUUUUACAUUGUUUACCCAGAAAACCUGAAGAAGUUGACAAUGAAGUGUUUUAUUCUCCACGGUCAUUGGUUUUCCAGGAGGCUGAAAACAGAAAAUGGACAAUUAUGGCUGUCAUGGUUUCCCUGCUGACAGAUUACUCACCACAGCUACGAAAAUUCACAUUUUGA